AAGAAUCAGCUUGUGUACAUAAUAUUAUGGAAAGGCGAUUGCCGAUAUUUCAUAAUAUUGCGCAGGAAAUUCAUAUUUUUUUAAUUCCACGUUCCGAAAAGUAUUUGUGCGUGCAAAUUUUGGACAAUAAUAUUUGUUGUUUGUUAGUAAAGGUAUUUGAGUUGGAUGAACAGUCGUGUAAUAUUAUAGUGGCAUAAAGGUUCGACGGUGAGAUGUUGCAUACGAGUUUCUCUAGGAUUCUAUAAUAAUCACUAUCACAACAUUAUACGAUUAUGCGGAGAAAACGAUUGCGAUUUGCUUUGGAAAAGAAUUUCCGCUCUGGAAUGUGAAAUGGAAAAACCAAUAAUUGCGAUUGAAAAACGGCGAGAAAUCCGACGAGACGAGAGCGGAAGAACAAAAAUUUAACGCCGUUUUUUUUCCUACACCGGAGAUUCGAUAGAGUACCUUUGUGAUAUUAUAUUAUUAUCGUUAUAAAGACGUAUUAAGUAUAAACAAGUAAAUCGUAGAACUUUUUACAAUCCUUGGACUCCUUAAUCCUUAGACUCCUUAGUCCUUACACUCUUUACAAUAUACGUCAUUCUAUUAUUAUUAUUAUUAUUACCUUAAAAUAUAUUGAAAUGUCUGUGUACGCAGAAUGUCGCAGCGCCACAUGGCGGUCAGAUUAAAAUCAGUAAUGACAUUACGCGAAUGAACCAGAAAUCCGGUAACCGUCACACCGUUUACCCGGUACGACGCAGUUCGAUCGCCCACUUCCCGGAACAGUGCGCCGACGUCCGUCUCGCGUUUAGGACCUUUGAGUUCGUCUACAGCAACAUACCCAUUAUGAUGGCUGCAGUUGAAACAGUUGAUUUGAAGGUUCGUGUCCAGAGGGGCAAUAAUGUUUCUGCACUGAUCAAAAUGUUCGAAUCCAACCGCGACGACUUGGCACCAAAACGCAGACAAAAUACCGUAAUCGUGAGCGACGGUGGACGGUACGCACCGCGGAGUGACGUCACCGGGACGUGGAGGCCGAUCCAAACUUGUGGACAUGGAUCGGUGGUGGGGGGGAAGAAGAAUGUCGGAAGUCCGAGGAAGAAAAUUAAACCCUGUGCGGGAUUUGUGAAGAUGAUGAUCACCAAGUUUGGGGGGCUCAACGCUGCCUGAGGCGACUACUGACCGGUAAAAAACUAAGUACAACCUCCACGCCGGCGCUGUGCUCUCCGAACCUAGUGAUCCGUCUUCUUCAAUGAUCCUGUACGGCGUGUACGGGGUUUCAUUUUCCUCCUCGUAUUUUCCACAUUUUUCUUCCUCCGCGAUCCAUCCAGCAAGAUUGGAUCAACACACACUUCCCUGGAGUCUGUGAGUCUUGAUCGUCAUGACAAAUUGUUAUUGUUAUAUAUUUGGUGGAGUGCACGUCCGCCAUGCAUGGACUGCAAUGAUUGCAAAUAAUUAUUAUGUGUAUUGUUUCUUUAUAAAUAAAUGUAUUGUUCCUAAAUCUUGUGUCUCAUUUUAUUCAAUGAUUUUCGUCUUAUAACGACUUAUCGCAAUCGAAUAAUAUUAUAUGAGGAUCAAUCGCUUCCAAUAACAGUAUUAUGCAAAAUAGUUUUUAAUUAUUUAGAAAAUUAGGUAAGUACUGGAAAUUCA